ACAGCCCUACACACGUUUUAUGUACUACACGUUCUGAUAAAUGUUUGUAGCGAGACAGACAGAGUGUGCAUCAGCUGGAUUCCUGUUAGUAUGACUGCGACGCUCCUGGGGGACGCUCAUCCUUUUGGAGGCACGCCUUUGGCUAUGCUAGCAGCGCAGUGUAACAAAAUCAACGACAAAAGUCCCCCGCCUCUGGCGGAUGCUGCGGUUGGUAAAGGCUUUCAUCCCUGGAAACGGUCCCCUCCCAUCAUGAGCGCUCCUUGUCCUAUUACACUGAACUCUCAGAGAAUGUCUGCUUUGACAAGUUCUCCAAACUGUUCAUCUUCUGGAUACACAUAUGCUAGAGGUACGACCAGUUCUAGUUGUACGGGUACAGGUUACGGAAGUGACGUUUUAUACCCUGUGCCAAGUACACAUGCACAAACGGAAAAUACUCAGUCAUCGUUAUUACACAAAAUGCAUUGUGAGAGCGGAUUGAACGGUUCUACACUGAGUUCAAUGUACUCAAGGGUACCCGGUGUGACCACCCACCCUUACGAAAAUUGGCCAUUCAAUGUAGCAGGAACUAAUACCCAUGGUAUCAAAACGGAAAUGACUUCAUCAGUCAAUCACGCGUCGUCAUGGUGGGAUAUGCAUUCGAAUCCGUCCAACUGGCUGACAGAUAUGACAGGAACCGCGUCUGGACUUCAUUCACAGAUAUCAGCUAACUAUUCCGGCACAGAGUAUCCAUUGAACCAUCCUCUUAGUUCGGGAUCUGGCCCUUUCCUAUCGUCAGGGCAACAUCUUCUACAAGACUCUUACAAAUCCAUGUUACCAACACAAAGUGACAUUGGUGCGUCAUCGGUUCCCAACUUCCUGUCGCGUCCCGCAAUAUCCGGUGUUCCUGGAUCGCGUUCAUCAAGACGUUACAGUGGUCGGCCCUCUUGUGAUUGCCCUAACUGUCAAGAGGCUGAAAGACUCGGACCAGCUGGUGCUCAUCUUAGGAAGAAAAACGUUCAUAGUUGUCAUAUUCCCGGAUGUGGAAAGGUUUAUGGGAAAUCUUCACAUUUAAAGGCUCAUUUAAGAUGGCACACAGGCGAACGUCCUUUUGUGUGUAACUGGCUUUUCUGUGGGAAACGUUUCACACGCUCGGACGAGUUACAGCGUCACUUGCGCACGCACACCGGAGAAAAAAGAUUCGCAUGUCCUGUAUGUAAUAAAAGAUUCAUGCGCAGUGACCAUUUAGCAAAACAUGCGAAAACGCAUGCUGAUGGAAAGUCGGGAAGUGGGUCCGACUCCGAGAACAGCAAAGAUGCAUCCAGCCUGAAGGCAGCUAAGCAAGCUAUCGUAGCCGGAUCUAACAACACAGGAAUGAACAGUAUGCAAAUAAAGAACGUGGCAAUGAAAUAACAAAAAUAGAUAUUUAAAUUACAUUUAGUCUUUUCCUCUGAUGUCAAAGGUGAUUGUUGGAUAUUCUGUAUUGGAUAAAUGUGCUUUGAGUAUUCAUUUUAAUUUGUGAAUAAAUUUAUAAACUGUA